GUGUGUGUGUGUGUGUGUGUGUGUGUGUGUGUGUGUGUGUGUGUAGGCAGUGGACAGCAAUCUGUAACUGGAGUUGAGAUUGCGGAUGAUGCCAACAGUUAUUGGCAGAUUCGUGGAAAGCCCAACCGUCCCUGUCAGCGGGGGGAGGCCAUCAAGUGUGGUCAGGGCAUCCGCAUCACACACAUGAAGACUGGGCGAAACCUCCACACACACCACUUCAGCUCACCCCUGUCUAAUAACCAGGAGGUCAGCGCUUUUGGAGAGAACGGCGAGGGAGACAAUCUGGACGUGUGGGCGGUCCAGUGUGAUGGAAUCCACUGGGAGCGCGAGGAGGAUGUGCGCUUCAAACACGUGGGCACAGACGUCUUCCUGAGUGUGACCGGGGAGCAGUACGGCCACCCCAUCCGCGGCCAGAGGGAGGUGCACGGCAUGAGUUCUGCUAACCAGAACAACUGGUGGCGCUCCAUGGAGGGCGUCUUCCUGCAGCCCAGCCAGAUGCCGCUGCGCCACGACGAGCUGUGAGCCACCGGCAUGACGACGAACAUAGGAGCUUCAGAAAAGUGGAAGGUUAAUAGCUUUCCUGGACCAAACCACGUCAUGUUUGAAUAAUGUCGAAUUUUAGACUGAUGACUCAUCUCUGUUCAUGUAAAGCACUCUGGGUGGUCAGAGGCCAUAGAAUUAAAAUUUCACAACAGUUUAAAGAAGAUCGAUAUAAUGUAUGUAGUGGAGCCAUAUGGACUAUAUCAGUUUCUUCCCAAGUACAUUUCUUAAGGGAGAAAACACAAAAAGGCUGAAUUACCAGCUAGGCACAGUAACCACUAACUGAAAGACCCACAAUCACUGUUUACUGUACACAUCUGAAAAACGAUAUCAAUUGAAAUGUUGAAAGGGCCCUGUGCCAAAUAAAACCUUCGUUUUAGUGCAAA